AUGGCGCAAGAUUACGGUUCCGAAUACACGAGCUCCAAGCUCACUGCCCACGGUGUGAGUUUCUACAACUGGCCAGGAGCUGGAGAGAAAGCCGCGGAACAUUUCGGUCUCUCCCACGCUGUGAUAAUUCCUGCAAAUGCUCGUCGCAUAUUGGUCGGAGGACAACUCGGAAUUCGAGAUGACGGUUCUAUUCCCACAGACCCAGCAGAGGAAGCAGAUAUUGCGUUUGACCAUGUUGAGCGUGCUCUGAAGGCUGCUGGGCUUGGAGAUGAUGCUUGGGAAUACGUCUAUAAGAUCAAUACUUACGAGGUUGCAGCAGAGGGACUUCGAGACGGUAUUGGGAAAGCAGCUCAAAGAUACUUGAAGAAGACUCGCCCGGCAUGGACGGGUGUGAAUGUGGCCUCUCUCGUGAUGCCAGGCCUUCAUUUGGAGAUUGAAGUUGAGGCUUAUCUCCCAAACUGA